AUGACGCGCUAUCUGACACCGUGGAGGAUCUCUCUGCUGUGCCUGAUAACUGUCUACACCGAUGGGCUCGUUCCCAACUCGUCCGCCAUCGAUGUGCUCUCCUUCCUGACCGCAGGCCUAUUCCCUUUAGAUCCCGCCGAUAAGCAAUGGGAGAAACACUACCUGCCGCGCAUCACGGAGAUCGAAGAGGUCCUGUCAGGCCAUGAAUCGUCCGUACCUGGCCGAUCACUAUGGGAUCUAUUUCUCAAGAAGAUCUGGUCGCUGGACUCGCUAGAUGCGCUGGAGGUGUUUUUCAACGACGACCUGCCCUCCUUGCUCACAAAGACACGCGAGCAGUUGAUCCAAGAUCGAGACAAUGGCCUUGCACCGGAGAAUGAGGGGAUGCGGUUGUCGCGGAGCUCGCCGCUUGGUGCGUUCGUACGCAGGGCGUAUCUGGAGUACACGCGAUUGCAAUUUCAUGAUUCGGUAACGCUGUGGUCUGGUUUUGUCAAGUAUCGGCUGCCUACGUACAAUAUGUGGGCGAGGAGGAAUGCGUCGGACAAGCAUUCGCCCGUCGAUGUCAAUCUCCAGUUGCACGGCUUCAAUUCCAGUGCUCACUUGACCCAUGUGGUGUAUGGGGAUAUCGAGGACGAUGAAGAGGACGAGGGCCUGGUUAGUGUUAAGGAUGCGGAGCGGUUGAUUGAGUUUCAGAUUGGGGAGCUGCAACGACUGGGUGGCAGAGUUCCCGAGGAGAUGAGAGCACAACUCAAGCGUAUCAUGACCUCCGAUUCAACCGCUCCCGUACUCAUGUACUAUUUGCAAUAUCUCGACGCCUGGCGAGCGGGUGACUACACAUCAGCGUUCGACAACCUCCACCGAUAUUUCGACUACACCAUGCACAGCAACGCCGAUCGUAGCGCUUAUCAAUUUGCGCUCUUGAACCUGGCCAUCAUCCAGGCGGACUUUGAGUGCUUCAGUGAAGCCAUCUCUGCCGUGCAAGAAGCCGUCGCGAUUGCUCGCGAGUCUCAUGACAUGAACUGCCUCAAUUUCUGUAUGAGCUGGCUGUACCAUUUCGGCAAGGCAUUUCCAGAGCAGAUGCGGGAGGUACAAAAUAGUGGAAUGCUGGGUGAUGAAAAGGAGGGCCUCACCUUUCUCAAGGCCAAGUCGAAGGAGACUGAAAUGUGGUCCCUCAUGAGCACGACGUUGCUCAGCGAGGCUAAGCUGGAGAUGCAACAUGGAGAGAGCCUCGCUACAAUCGUCGAAUCAUUUGUUCGAGCAUCCCAUAUCAAUAUCACCAAGGGCCUUGCAAAUCCCACCGGCGCAUACAUAUUGCUCCAAAGCGCCAUGUAUGCACGGAUAGGCGCCACGCAUCUUGCAUGGCUAGACACUGAAGUUUUCCGCGAAUGCUACAUGGAGGGCCAUCCGUACGAUGACUUUGUGAAGCUCACGUAUCGAAAUUGCCUGAUCCUGGCACAAAAGGGGAAUUACAAGGAAGCAUUCGCCCGGAUGAACAAGGUCGAGCCAGAAAGGCUACGGGCCUUCAAAUACAACAACUCCUGGACAUACUAUUCCGGCCUCCUCCAGCUACGACGCCAAAUCAACCGUGACGACAAGGUAGCCGUCGAACACAUCCUCGCCCAACUACAAGCCAUCCAACUCCUCGACUACGACAUGCGUCUCCUCCUCGCCUUCCAUACCAUCGAAUUCACCCUCCGCCAAGGCGACACCGGUCGCGCCCUCCGCAUGGUCGAACAAGCCGCAAACUCCAUGCAACCCGAAAACUUCGACGUCCACUCCCAAAUCAAGCUCCUCUGCCUGAAAGCCCGCAUCCUCGAGAAAUCCGGCCAUCCACAACGCGGCUUCUCCCUAGCCAUGCGCGCCGCAAGCAUCGCCCACCGAUCCAAAGUCCUCUUCGACCUGUGGGAAGCCAUCUGCACCCUCGCCGCUGUGCUGCUAUCCCUGCGCGAGUUCGAAGCCACCGCCGAGCUAGUCGAGAGCAUUAUGCCGCAGAUCCUGGAGGCGGAGGACUCUGCUCUCACGGCGCGUGCGUAUUCGCUCCUUGUUGAUGCGAAUAUGGGCGUUGCGGGGGAGUCGUGGUCUCAGCAAGGACCGGAGCGUACGUUGGCUCGAAAGGAGUAUGUUAAUCGUGCGCUGGGGUAUAUUGAUUCGGCGUAUGAUGCGUAUGAGGAGAUUGAGGAUCUUCUGGGCCAGACGGAGAUGAUGGCUAAGAAGGCCACCGUUAUGCAUUUAACGGGGGAUCCGGUCUUGGCUAAUGACUAUGCAGCGAAGUAUCUGGAUCUGCGUAAGCGAAGGGGUGCCGAGAUAUGA